ACACUCUGUUGUCCGAUCACUUGUCACUCGGGAUCCAAUAGCGAGCGUGCCACGUCCCGUUGAUUGUCCUUCCAGUCGCGUAGAUAGUACGCGUCCAGCAGUGGAAUCGGGUCGAAGAAAAUCUCCAGAAAGGAACGCUCCUGGUACCGGGUUGAAAGUAUUAAUUGCACCAUCUCGCCAGACUUAUUGCCUCUUCUCGAAUUCUCAGAUUUCGAUAUGGCCAGUGCACGCUUCUGGCUGGUGGUAUGGUGUGUUGCGAGAUUUGUGGUCGGUAUUGUGGGUCACCAUGGUGAUCGUGAAGAAUGGGUGGUCAGGAUCGAAGGUGGACCUCACGUUGCAUCUCUUCUGGCUUUGCAGGCUGGGUACAAGCAUCUGGGACCGGUUCUGGGGUUCAAAGACACGUACGUAUGGCUCAAGGAUCACAGUCACGAUCACAAGAAGAGAAGUGGACUCCGUUCAACGAAAGCGUUAAAUUCGAGCGUCAAGAUCAUUUGGGCAGAUCAACAGAAGGUGAUCGAGCGAUACAAACGCGAUUACGUACCGUUAUUUAGCUACGAUUCGGAGAAACCUUUGAUAAGAGAGAAGAGAUUGGAACUAGAUCAGUAUCGCUUGAAUAGCGUGGAAGAAAAUGAUGGAAACUCGCUACAGUUUGGGUCGGACGAUUCUAAAUUUAUGUUCAACGAUGAACUAUGGGAACAGGAAUGGUAUCUGCAAGACACCAGGUCGAACAAGGAUUUACCCAAGCUGGAUCUGAACGUGCUACCCCUUUAUCGACUGGGGAUAACAGGUCGUGGAGUCAGAAUCGCUGUUCUAGACGAUGGAUUGGAAUAUACCCACGACGACCUACGUAACAAUUACGAUCCAUCCAUCAGUUACGACGUGAACGAGGGUGACGAUGACCCAUUGCCACGAUACGAAUUAUCAGGGACAAAUGGACACGGCACUAGGUGUGCAGGGGAGAUAGCGAUGGAGGCAAACAACGGGAAAUGCGGGGUAGGUGUCGCCUUCGAAGCUUCCGUCGGUGGAAUCAAGCUGCUCGACGGUUUGGUAAACGAUCGCGUCGAGGGAGAGGCACUCGGAUACAAACCGGAACUGGUGGACAUUUACACGGCCUCCUGGGGACCCGCCGACGAUGGAAGAAGUUUAGAGGCGCCCGGUAGACUCGCCACCGAGGCUCUCGAAAGGGGUGUCACAAUGGGCAGAGACGGCAAGGGGAGCAUUUACGUGUGGGCUUCCGGAAACGGUGGCUCAAAAUCCGACGACUGCGGAUGCGAUGGCUACGUGGGAAGCGUUUACACGAUCGCCGUUGGAUCCGCCAGUCAAACUGGAAGAUUUCCCUGGUACGGUGAAAGCUGUCCCGCUACGUUAGCGACAACGUACAGUAGCGGGGCUUAUCACGAUCAGAUGAUAGCGACAACAGACUUGAGAAACACCUGCACGACCAAGCACACCGGCACUUCUGCGUCCGCUCCAUUAGCUGCUGGAAUACUGGCCCUAGCUUUGCAAGUUAACAAGGAUCUGACGUGGAGGGACGUGCAACAUCUCAUCGUUUGGACAUCAGAAUACAGUCCUCUUAGGGAGAAUCCUGGAUGGUUCAGAAACUCUGCCGGAUUUUGGUUCAACUCACGUUUCGGCUUCGGACUUAUGAACGCGUACACGUUGGUCACGGCAAGUUCCAAUUGGACAACUGUGCCGCAGAAAAUCAUCUGCAAAGUGGACAUUUCUGGGGUAGUCGACAAGAGGUUGGCUUACGGAGAUACGAGGAGGCUGCGAUUCGAGACAGAAGACGAGUGUCGAUCGACUGGGAACGAGAUAACGUUUUUAGAACACGUAGAAAUCGAGGUCAACCUCGAGUACAGUCUUCGCGGUGCUCUUCAGAUGCACCUGACUGCACCCUCAGGAACACAGGUGCAAAUAUUGAAACCCAGAACACUGGACAGCUCGGAUGCCGGUUUUAAGGGAUGGAAAUUCAUGUCGGUGGCAUCGUGGGGCGAGGAUCCGCGCGGUGUUUGGACUCUAGAUAUUCUGGACCAGAUCGGUCCAAAAGAGAAUAAUGGCACAAUAGAAGCGUUUGCGUUGAUUCUACACGGGACAAGGGAACCUCCAGAGUAUCGUAGAAACGGGCCACGAAUUUACAACCGAAACUACAAUCGAAUCCGAAAAACCAACGACUUUGCAGAUCGUCCAAUAAAAUUCGAAGAGGAACACAAGAAGCUGGGCUCAGGAAUCGAAGAGGCAAUCGAUCGAUUCGAAAAAGAUUGGCUGGAUAAAUUUGUAGCACAAAUUAUUUAAAAACGUGUGGAAAUAAAUUCUGAUGUAGUCUACUGUA